AUGGCGGUGCUCCCGCGGGAUUCACUCCCGCGCGAGGGCGAGUCCUGGCGACUGCGUCCAGUGCAUCUCGCGGCUGUUUUCGCGUGCCUUCUUCUUCUCCCGCAGCAUGUCCUCGGCGUCGCGCGGCGCCACGCGCCUGCGCUCUCUGGUGACCUGUGGUUGCCCAGCGGCCCUGUGUUCAGCGGCGGCGGCGGCGCGCCGGUGGACGAGCGCCACGUCGUCGGCGAGAGUCAGGAGGCAGACUUCAGCGACUCGCCUGCGUUCAGUGAAGCCUCUGCAGAUGUGCUCCCCCGAAGCGCCGCGUUGGGCGCGGGAGUGGACCCCUCUGUGGAGGACGCGCGCCGCACGCUGAAACAGUGGAAGUCAAUCGGCCGGUCGGUGCCAGUCGACGAUCUGCCGGAGGCGACUACGGGAGGCGAGCGGAAAGAGGCAACGUCCGCGGCGGCUCCCGUAGACAGCCACGGGCAAGCGAAUGCCGCGCGCCGACCGACAGUCCCCUCCACUGAUUCCUCGACAGAAGACGAGCUGGGGCACGCGCAACCGUUCGUGCCUACGAAAGUCGACCUGGAGUCGACGGCGACGGAGUCAGCUGACUCGCCGCCCGCUCCCGUGCGGCGGCGCCGAAAGACCCCAAGCAGGCCUCGUCAACUCAAGGCGGGACAAGGUUCCGCAGCUGCUGCAGCUGCGGAACCUUGGGCGGGGGUGACUGGGGACGAGGCGAUGCAGCCCGGCAUGCAGGAGCUGCGUGCGCAAGCUACCCGUCAUCCGCAUGACGUGGCGAAGGGCACAGCCUCUGACGCGAGCUUGGUAGAGCUGCGUGAAGACUGGAGCGCAUACGAGACCGUGCGCAAGCACCACCUAGGGCACGCGACUCCUUUCGUGCCCGCAAGCUCCCCGGACUACGGAGAAACGCCUCCUUCCGCCGCCCCUCCGGUGAAAACUGGGGGGUCAGUCCGCGGCAGAGCCGGCAGCCGCAAGCCGCCGGUGCCCAAGGCGCCAGGCAGCAGAAGAAAAGGGCACGCGAGUGGGCACGAAGCGCCGCACGUGGCCGGGGCGGCGCAAUCGGGAAUGGAUGCUGACGCUUCCAGGCCAGGCGAGUCUGCCGAGGCUUCGGAUUCAGUGGGGCCCGAUCGUGAGACUGCCUCAAUGCUACAGACCCAACAAUCGACCUCCAGCGGAACGCAGACCCAGGCACCGCGCGGCGGUCAUGACGGUUCCUCCGAGGCUUUCGAGGCCGACGACAUCGAGUUGUCGUUAGACGACAUCGAGUUGUCGUUAGACGACAUCGACUUCGGAGAGGAGGGAGAGGAGACCGUGGCCUCUCUAGCGGACAGCGGCAACGAGGAGGCGGAGCACCCAGCCGCUUCGAGUGCAGAGAGCUUCGACUCCGACUUCGAGUUUGGCGAUGACGACGACGUGGACUAUGGAAGCUUCACGACAGCACCUGUAGGGCCUUCGUCCGCCGUUGGCGGGGGCGCGUCGCCCGCACCCACGCGCUCGUCGGCGAAGCGGCUGCCCAGCUCCAAUCGCCAGCAGCCAGCAGCCCCCAAGGAGCCCAGCGCUCCCCCCCCCUCUGCACCGCGGCGAACACGAGAGGCGCAGGCAGCCGGGGCUCGACCCGCGGCCGCCGCAAAACACGUUUCCCCGAAACAGCCAGAGGCCUCUAAGCCCAGCCCAGCCGCGGCGAAGGCGCGGACUUCGGGUUCCCCGCGCAGGGCCAUGAUCCAGCAGCAACCGCGUGCGCAAGCUGUCUCCUUUCACACUGGAUCGCACAAAAACGAGUCCCCUUCCCCAGGAGGAGGGACGGGCGACGACGAGUUCGACAUCGACGUAGACGACCUCGACCUCGACGACCUCGACCUCGACGACCUCGACCUCGAGAUAGACAGCGGUGACCUCUCAGCUGCUGGGGCGUCUCCGCCCACACCGAAAACGAAGGCGCCUCCGAAAAAAGCCCCUAAAACUGGAAACCAGCCGCGUCAGCCGCAGCGUUCAAAAGGGCAUCUCGCGACCCCAGCGGCGGAGGCGGCCUCCGAGGACAUUUCCAUCGACCUCGAUGACGAUAUCGACGACGCGGUGAUCGGGUCUUCAGACGAACAGGCAGACGAUGACGCUCAAGGCUCCUCUCAGGCUCUGGCCGAAGCGACUGCGAUAGACAGCGGCGAGCUUGACCUGUCUUCCGAAGAUGGUAGCGGGCUAGAGGGCGACGGUGACUUCGACUUCGACGCGAGCGACGAAGGCGGGCUCGGGUCUAGCGGUGGCGGCCUGGAAGACGCGCUCGGCGGUGCCCUCCAAGGAAAAGUGAAGAUUCCGGGUACGGGCAUCGACCUCAACAAAAUUUCAAAAGAGACGAAAAAACGACUUGGGAAAGCUCGCUCAUUCAAGGACUUCGGCAAAGGGAUGGGGGAUGCUCGCUUCCAGCAAGAAGUUGCAGGACAACGCCUGUCCGCGCCCGACGUCAAAUGGGAGCACCGGCAGCCGAUGCAGAUCCGCGAGGAUACCGACGUCUACAAGCAGGCGCACGACACGGCGCCCUCUCUCGACUUCCUCGGAUCAGGAUACGACAUGCUCAAAGGAAACCCUCUGGGUGACCCCGAGACUUCUAUGGAUCCAGGUUUUCGAAGCCCUGUCGUUCGCUUCCACUGGACCCACGGGCCAUAUGGCGUCACAAACGACCUGAACCUCCUGCAGCCUGUCGGCGGUUUCGUCCGCCCGUUUGUUUCCUGUCGGCAAUCAGAGUCGGUCGAUGAAAUUUCCACGAUGUCAGACUACCAAGCAGAACUCACCGCGGAUGCGUCGGCUGGAGGCGGCGGGUACUUUGUAUCUUUUUCCGCGUCGACCGGCUACCGCGACAUGGCGCAGAACGUCGCAAAGGACAACGAACGAAGCUUCUUCAUGAAGACGUACUGCUUCCGCUAUGAAGCCGGCCUGUCGGAUUCUCCUGCGAUAACUUGGAACACGACCUACGGCUUCCAGCAUACGCUCAUGGACCUGCCAGUUAACUUCCGCGGCCUGGAUAACAACAGCACGUGUAUGCCGUUCAUUUACAAGACGACGCCCCUGAGCACCGACUGUCAGGAGAUGGGCGUGACUAAGUGGAUGAGUUUCUUCGACCGAUACGGGACACACGUGACGACGAACUUGAAGCUGGGCGGAAAGAUGAUUCACGAGAUCAAAGUGAAGUCUGCUGACGUCGAUGCGUUGAAGGACUCCGGGAUCUCGGUCGCUGCCGAAGUGUCUGCGUCCUUCAUGGGCUUCUCCGCCAGUGCCAAGGCGAGCAGCAGCAGCUCGACAAGCCAGCGCGACGCCUCAAGCAAACUGAAAAAAACUGUCACCACAAGGGUCAUUGGCGGUCGGCCUCCAAAAGAUCCCACAGACCCCUCCUCCAUUGUCCUGUGGUCCAAGACGGUGGAAGAUCUCCCAAUGCCGAUUCAGAUGGAGCUGCGACCUCUAGAGCACUUCCUGCCGCACCAGUUCCGGGAGGCCUACAGAAAGGCAGCGAUCUACUACGGACGGGCCUUUGGCAUGAGCCCGACAGACCUCGAUGGAAUGGGCAGCGACAGCGUGUCCCUCGCAGACAGACUGCAGAGCGGCCAUUCUGUCGUAUGGGGCGGCACAGCACCUGGUUACCUGCAGUGCCCUGGAAAAGAAGUGAUUAUCGCGGGUUUCUCGAUUCUCUUCAACUUCAGAGACAUGGAAGCAGAUCCGAAUGACUACCACAUGCAGAUCUGCAGACCCGGACUGCGAAAAUGCGAAGGAGCUUCGACGACGGGCAAUUCGGGAGAUGAUGCUCGCAUGUGGGCGAUCUGUGGACCGAGUUCCAUGACGUCUAUUCGGCAGUUCAUCGUCGAGGGUCUCGUCAAGAACGACGACCCCGAAGCUACUUUGGAGCUGCGCUGUCCGCAAGGAACAGAGGUCGCUUGGGGUCUGAAGCUGGCUGUGGGCUACGGGCCCGGUGGUGCAGCUCACUCGUAUAUCGGGCACUGUAACUCAGGUCGAUCGACCUGCACGAUGGAUCCCCGUCCUGAAGCCAGUCGGAGACACGCACGAAGGUUCAUAUACGCAGCUUGCAUAGAGUCGGGUUAUCCUGGCGUGCGGGAAAUUCAAGCAAUCAGUAACAAUGGAGACAUAGGCUACGCUAACAAGGGUCUCCCUAACAGCGAUGGCAAUGUCGUCCUCAACUGCGGAGAUGGGAAUGAGUUGCUCCUUGGGUGGACGAUAGAAAAUCAUACGCGCGAAGAGCAGGUCCGCCCAAAAUUCCUAACUUGCCCGCCCGGCAAGCAGAUCUGUACGAUGAAAGGAGCGGGCAUCGACGAUGCGCCCCUUGUUGGGGGACAGCGGAAAUUCCGAGAUACCCAUGCACUUCUAGGGUAUGGCCUGUGCAUCCCUUCUAAAAGAUUUAACCCGCAUCCGGAAGAGAAGGCAGCUCCUUUGAGGCAUAUCCCCGCUGGGGGGAGAUGA